AUGAAGUACGCCGCCUCCAUCAUCGACGCGUGCGUUGACCAAACAACCUACGCCCUCCGCUGCACGUCCGGCCCGUCCUACAUCCGCACCGACGUGUGCGGUGCCAACGCUGGUGUCGUCACCCUCACAGCAGGACCCUCCACAUACCGCAUCUCCUCAACGACGGCCGUCAGGACCAACGGCCAGGACGUCUCGGCUACGCUGCAAGAGUCCUGUCAGCUGCGGGGCACUACACAAGCCGUGUGCACUGCGAUGAUUGGCGGGUCGGUGGACAAGACGACGACGUCUGCUUCGCUUUCGACGACGAUCUCGGGAGCGGACUACUACCGCUUUGAUGUGGCCAUUACCGGUGGCGCGGAGAAGACGGCGAGCCCAUCGGCGCAGUGCAACGCUCCCCCUGCCUCUGGGCCCUCUGGGUCCGGGGCGAGCACGAAGGCUGUGGCGAUUUGGGGAUUGAUUGGUGUUGUUGGUGUGGCUUCGUUGUUUGGGUUGUGA